AACUUGUAACUUGUUAAAAACUUUGUUUGCCAAUUAAACUUUAUAUUUUUCCAUAUACAUCACAUCUUGUGUGGAUUCCCGGGAGGGGAUCACUAAGGAUUCUCAUAUUAUAACAACAUUAAUACCUUUAAUUGGUUUUUGGUAUAAAAUUAUUUGACAGUCAUAUUGGAUGACUGGACAUUUUUCAUGGUUCCUGAACAAUCAUAUCACUUUUAUUCAAAAGUUCACUAAUUUUUUCUUUCUCUUUUCUCAUUGUGUAAUAAACUCAGGAAUUUAUAUAUUGAAUCAGCUAGGUUUCAUGGGUUUGGCGACUAUCGUUGCUGUUGUGAAUAAUCAUUUUGCUCAAUGGAACAGUCGUUUAGUAUGCUUCGUGAGACCUUUUAAAAAGGAAUAUUCAACAAAAAAUCAAAAGAUCAAGCUUUGCGAAGAGUCUUCGAUUAAAAAAUCAGUCUUCUGUAAGCUUUGUGAUCGUAAUAAUUGUCGUCGUCAAUAUCGACAACAACUAAUUUACUAUCCUCCUACGGAUUAUCAUGAAAAUUUGGCGUCACAAUAUGAUACUGAUUUUUCACUGACCAGUAGUAUAAAAGGAUAUGAUCAUUACUAUUUGACAUCCUUGAUAGAUUUAUUAAGUAUACUGAUCUACCUAACAUUGUCCACAUGGAACUGGAUUUAUUGUUUUUAUGUAUUGCCUAAUUAAUAAAUAUUUUCAUUAUACAAUGCAUCUUACUUGACAUCUGUAUACAGUUUACUGUUAAAUUAACUGUUCAUUUAAUGUUAUAAUUGUUUGUUUUGCAUGUUUAAAGGUAAUAUUAUACGUAGCUUUACAAUGAGGUUUUGUACUUGCCAAUUUUCAUCGGCAAUCAUAUAUUUCUUUGACGUGAUUAGUUUCUCCUAAUUUGAUUUAACAUUUUUCAGUAAAUCUUCACUUCACUUUACUUAGUUGACAAAUAUAUAUUCUUGGAAAUAAAUAAUUAUGCUUUUCGUAAAUUCAAAUAUUCAGAUCUGUUAUUCUUUAAUUAUAUUUUAGUAAUGGAUAAUAUAUAAUUGAUUAAUUCUGGCUCGAUCGAGCACAUAUACGAUAAAUACUGACUAGUUCAUUCAAAAGAAUGAAAUGAUUUGUGGAAUAAAUCAUUAAAUCAUGUAAUAAAAAUAUGAUAUACCUAACAAUUUUCACUAUUGCCUGAUGUUUUUCAAUCAAUUUUGUGGAUUAUUAUGUUCUU